UUGACAUGAAAUUUGAAAGGAUCCAACGUUAUGAAAAUCGUUUGUAGGACCCUCUUUUUUUAAUUUAUUUAUUUUCUCUUCUAUGUAUCUCUCUCGUGUAUAAGAAGCGCCACAAGCACAAGGAGCGUUUUGUUUUAUUUUCUCUUCUACGACUUUACAUAAAAUAUACUAUUCCUCACACUAUUCUACCUUACUUUUCCUUUUUUUUUUCUUUUGUUCAUUUAAUUCGAAUAUGUUUCUCUAUUUAAAUCAACUCAUUAUUCAUAUAACGUCAAAGAAAGUUCAUAUUCAAAAGAAGAAAAAAGCUAUGGAAUGUGAAAGUGAUGAUCAAGAACGGUUCUGUGCGACUCCUAAGCUUCCUCUCUUCUCGAUUCCGUUAAACAGAACAUCUUGCGAGACUCCUGGCCUAGCGACGCCGCCUGUAAACAUCGCCGGAUCAGUCCCGUUUAUAUGGGAGGAAGCUCCGGGAAAGCCACGCGUUUCCGAUGAGAACAAACCGCCGGCGUCCAAGCAGAACGCCGUGCGAUGCCUUGAGCUUCCUCCGCGGCUUAUUUCGCAAGCCGCCGUGAAUGAGCCAUCUCCGACCACAGUUCUUGAUGGUCCUUACGCUGUACCACGCCGGUCUUUGUCGUUGACAAGGAGAAGCGAGAAAGACACUGAGUGUAGAUUCGACUUUUCACGUUCCACGAACAGUCGCUGCUGCGACGGCGGCGACACAACGGUGAAGAUCAGUAGAGUUAGAAGAAAAGGAAGUCUUCUGAAUCUUUCUCAUUCCAAAUCGCAGUUCUUGGCAAGGGUUUACAGAGGGUUUAAGCAAGUCAUUCCAUGGAGACGUAGGCAAGAUAAUCUUCCAAGGAUGAGUUCUUCCAACGUCUAAUAAGAUUUCUCCAGUUUCUUUAUAAUUCUUCAGUUAAUAGACUAAUAUUCCUCUGUGUAUACCACAUAAUUUACAGACAUGAAAAAAGUAAUUACAGUUUUAACUUUCACUAAAUGUAGUAAUUAAUAUAGUCAAAUUAUGACACAUGCUGGUGGGGGAGAGCUAAGACAAUGCCUCGGACGUUGACAGACUCAAUAUGUUUUCUCUCUUUCGCACAUCAAACUUGUUCAUGUUUAUAAUAUCGUCUUUAUGUUUCCUUAAAUAGUUCACUAUACAUGUACACAUUAACAGUUUUGUUUUCUCUCUUCCAUGUCAAAGUAGUAUACUCUCUUCUUCUGUA